AUGUCCUUCGCCGCUCAGGUUGUCAGCAGCCUUACGGGCUCGAGCCCGACAGUGUAUGACCUCGUCGUGGUAGGUAGCGGGUUCGCCGGGUCUAUGACCACAUUGAACUUCUUGGAAGAAUGCAAGAAGCUCGGCAAGGAUGGCAAGGUCACCCUGAUUGAGGCUGGUAAGGGUGGCGAGCGAUGUGGUGCUAGCAGAUGGACCAUGGCAUACCUGCGGUUGGACAAGGACAACCAGUUCGAUUCGGAUUGGAAGCACGAGAUGGCACGCGUCAGCCAAGGCCUCGCCGACCAAGAAUAUUAUCUCAAGAUGGAAAAUGAGGUGCCUACCACGGUCCAAUACUUGAUCGACCACGGCGUGAAGUUCAACCACCACGAUGAGGAGAAUGUUUUCCUGGAGUUCAACACAAAUCAACACUUUGUAUUCCCUGAAGGAGGCGGCCAUGCUAUCAUCAAUGCUCUCUUCGAACGUAUCCUCAAGUUCGAUAACGUCAACGUUAUGUGGAGACUCAGGCUGAGCAACUGCUCACAGAAGAUGACGGCUCCGUUUGUGGAGUCAAGGCUGGGAAAAUACCUCGGCCCAAGAACCGAGCACCUUGAACUGAUCGCUCCCGGCCUCAAGUACAAUACUGGAUUUGGACUCAAGAUGGGUCUGGAGGUUGGUGCCGCAACAGCAGGCUCGAUGAGUGGCAUGCAUUGCGAAUUAGUCGAUACACGUGCAACGAAGCCUGAUGCAGUCAUCUGGGGACACGGUUACGGCAUCGUAGUGAACGAGCACUGUAAGCGAUUCUAUGAUGAAGGACAACGCCCCCUCUUCGCCACAUUCGAGAUGAUCGCGCUCCAUACCUGGAGAGACCAAAACCAAAAGGCCUACUUCGUCACAGAUAAGGUCAUCAUGGAUCGGUUCCGUCCUGGUUGGGUUUACGACACCACGGAUAAAGACCCUGAAGGGAGUGACACGAUUGAAGGACUCGCGGAGAAACUUGGACUUGACCCUAAGGAGUUAAAGAAGACCGUGGACGACUAUAAUGCAGCGUCAGUUUCCCUCACCUUGUUCCGAGCCUCAGGCGAAUCCCACAGUAGCUGA